AUGUGUCUGUUCGUGUGGAUCUCGUGGCUUUUGUCCCUUGCCCAACUCGCUGUGAGUUCAUAAUACUCAAGUUUUGGGUCAUAACAGUUCCAGUUCAGGUGUCCAUGACCAUGCUUACAUUCUCGGGUGAGAUCAGCGAUGUUUCGAACUGUUCCAAAGUGCACAGCUCCAUUUGGAGGAAGGCGAUUGUUGGAUGCGGGCGGUCUACGGCAUGCAUGAUGGCCUACAGUACUGGCGAGGCGUACUACUAUUGUGAUUAUCAAGCAUUGGCCAAAGUGUCUCUUGCGAAGGGUUCCGCGGACAUAAUCGCUAUAAAGGUAUAGGAUUCUUUGACUUCAUUUCACCUUUAAACUUUAGAUUAAUCUCGAUGAGCUCAUCUGUCCGCCAACUUUCAAUGGUCUCACAGUUAGUGACCCAUUUCGAUACGUAUGUCAACUUUGUCUUCAGGGAAACGUCACUGAAACCCUCGCCUACACAUUGUCGCUCAUCGACGAAGCACUCGUUUUCAACUACUACAGCGCCUACGAAUGUGCCGACGGCUGGCAACUUUUCGAAAGGGACCGGGCCCCCUGGUGUCUCCAAGUAAGGCCAUCCAUAGAACUCUCUGUGAUAACCACCCGAAAGAAGGUCGUGGGCGGCCCGCGGCAGUUGUACACGCAGCAAGAAGCGAGAGAUGCGUGCACGAACGCGCGAGGAAUGCUGAGUGGGCUGGAGAGCCGAGUGGAAGCAUUGUGGACGGCUGGGAUUGCCGCACAGUUUGUGGUCAAAGGGCAAGCACCGAAGGAUCUGGUGUCGGUGUGGAUUGACGGAAAACGGACCGACUUCACGGAUGUGCAAAGUGCCAAUGUGAGCCAAAGGGUCCAGGUAACCAGGAAAACAGAUAUGAAUCAAGUCACGUAAAACCUGUCAGCAAUACGAAUUCACGGACCCGAACCUGAACCUCUCCUCGUGGAUGCGCACUUCGGACGCGUGGUCCCCAACCCAACCAUCGGCGGAUAUCGAUCAGGUUUGCAUUCAAAUGAGGGCCUCGAAACUCGGACGGCUCGACGAGCACACAAAAUUGGACAACUGGAAGUGCGACACUCCGAAGGCGGGCGCGGAUGAUUUGUUCGCGAGAGCAGCGUUGUGCGGCCGAUUUGCCACCGAAAAGCAAUAA